AUGGGAUUGGUUUGUUUCAAAGAAGGCCCAUAAGCUGCAAUUGAAGACCAUUCAAUAAAACAAAGGGAUCACAACUAUGAAGAUGAAGAGGUCAUAUCCGAGUUCCCUUAAUAGGACGAGGAUGGCAAAAAAGUUUCAUUGAGUCAGUUUAUUAUGUUACGAAAUUUGGGAAAGGGUAGUUAUGGAAAAGUAAUGUUAGUUUAACAUACAGUUUCAUUGAAAUUGUAUGCUAUGAAAGUGUUAAUCAAGAAGGCUGUUAAAAAUUUAACAUAGAAAACACAUGUUCAAACGGAGAGGAAGAUUCUAGAAAUAACAAAUCACAACUUCAUUACUAAAUUGCAUUAUGCUUUUUAGAGUUAAACCAAAUUGUAUUUGAUUAUGGAAUUUGUAUCAGGAGGAGAAUUAUUUUAUCAUAUGAAAUUAAAAGGCAGAAUGACAGAGAAAAAAAUGAAGUUCUAUGCUGCCGAAAUCCUAAUUGGAUUGGAUUAUCUACAUCAACAGAAUAUCAUCUAUAGAGAUUUGAAACCAGAAAAUAUCUUAUUAGAUUCAGAAGGGCAUAUUAAAUUAUGUGAUUUUGGAUUAUCUAAAAUAUGUUCUUGGGGUGAUAUGUAUGCAAAAAGUAUCUGUGGAACUUUCGAAUAUAUUGCACCAGAAAUCAUUCUUGGAGAAAUAUAUACUAAGUCUUGUGAUUGGUGGACAUACGGAGCCUUAUUAUAUGAUAUGUUGACUGGUAAACCACCUUUUUAUUAGCUAACCAAAAAAUAGAUCUUAGAAUAUGCAGCAGGAAAAGAUAUUGAGAUACCACAACACUUAUCUGAAGAAGCAACAGACUUAUUAACUAAAUUAUUUAAAAGGAAUCCAGAGGAACGACUAGGAGGACAGAGAGAUGCUCAAGAAAUCUAUGAGCAUCCUUUUUUCAAAGAUGUUGACUUUUAAAUGAUGGAAAGAAAAGAGAUUGAACCCCCUUUUGAAAUGUAAAACGAAAGACCUUUCAAAUUUUUUGAUCAGAAUCUCAUAAGAAAAAGCAGUGUCCAUGAUACUCCUGUCAGCGAAUUAGGAAGGUAUCAGGAAUUCUCUAAUUUUACAUACAACGGAGAUAAGUUUUCUAAUGAAUUUAAUAAACUAUUAAUAACUCAUUGA